CAUAGGAUUGAUAAGGGAAAAUCUAUUCUUAGUUCUUCUAAGAAACGUAAAUCCAAAGCAAAUACUGCCAGCCUUGUAACUAGUAAAUCACGGCAGAAGCGUAAGUCUAUCAACCAUGAGGUUUCCACAGCUUUGUUAACUGUCUUUUCCAGAAAAGAUUAGAAACCCCUGGACACUUGAAAGCAUGGAGAAUAAAAAUGGUAGUUGCUGCAAUUUUUCUGUUGUUUUUGUCUUUGAAUAUGAUUAGUAAAUAUAUUUAUUUUGAUGCAGAAGCUUCCUCAGGAAGCAACAAACCUAUCACAUGAGUUAAACAAAAAAGGUCAUGUUGAUGAAACAGUAAUCUGUGGAGAAAGUGUUGCCACUGAGACUCUGCAGGUUGAUCGGGUUCUGGGGUGUCGAGUUCAAGGCAAUUACACGGGCCUUUCACGUCACUUAUCUGUGAAUGUAGCUGAUGACCUAUGUUCUGAGGACUUACUAAUUUCAGAAAAUCAAAACAGACUCUCAGAAGAAAAUUCUGCUUGCGAUACUGAUUUAGAUGUAGGAGCUGCUGAAAAUCAUACUGAGGGUUGUCAGAAUAUUGAUAAGAGUUUUGACAGGGAAGAAAGCAUGAAGAAUGAAAUGAAAGUGGAUAAAAUACGUGCUGAUUUUUUGGCUAGAUUAGGAUUACUGCUUGACAGUGAGUUUGUUGUGUUUUCUAGUCCACCUGUGGAUUUAACUAGCUUGUUGGAGGCUGAUGCCGUUGGGCUGUUUGUAAGUAGGCUCUGUCCUGCCCCUGUGUUUGCUGUUUAG